AUGCCGUCUCGUCCGUUCUGGUGUCAUCAGUGCGCCACGGUGCGCUCGUUAACAGCUCCUUCGAACGACGCAGAAGCAGCGGAGGUCAUAUGCGCGUGGUGCGGCGGCGGAUUCGUGGAGGAGUUGACAGCUGGCAGCGAAAUCGACGGCGGGGAGCACGGCCGCCACCACAGAUGGAGCCACCGCGGAUCCGACCACGCCCGCGCAGCUGCUGCUGCCGCGCCCGUGAUCGACCUAACGGAGGAGUAUACCGGCAACGCGCAUGCCAGCAACGCGCAUGCCGGCGCGUCGAGCGGGUUCGCGAGGGAGGCUCGUGAGAGCUCGUUCGCGUGGGACGGCGAGAGCGCGGGCGAUGCGGAUGUCAGCGCAGGCGAGACCGCCGGGGUCGCCGCCGGCGCGUCGCUCCGCCCCGAGCGGCCCUUCCGCGGAUUCGUUCGCCGCCGGCACGUCGGCGUGGGUGCUGACGUCAGGUCCCCGGGCCCGUCUGCCGGCGAAGCAGCGUUUCGGGAGUCCAGCGGGUGGGGCGGUCGACCCGCCGACGAUGACGGCCGUGUUGCUGCUGCCGCCGGUGUCGUUAGCCGUAGUGGCAGCGGUGGUGGCGGCGGCGCUACCAUUGGUGGUCCAUCCGCGGCCGCUGCUUCCGCGUCCGCUGCGGCUGGAGCGAGCGGCGAGGCGGAGGAGGGCGGCGAGCGGCACGGCACGGCGCGGAGGCUGGAGGGCGCGUAUCUGGGGCUGGCGAGGAUGCUGCGAGACAUGGAGGACCGCGUUGACCCCGAGCGACUCGCUGACGUGGCCGGCAGGGAAGCAACGUUUGGUGCUGCGUAUGGCAGAGGGGGAUUGGGGGGGAGGGCAGGGGGAGCGGCGUCGGCGCGGGUGGGGGGCGCGCGGGCGCGGCGGUUCGGAGGGGCGGAGGACGGGGGCGGCGGGGUGGCGGCGUCGUUGCUGGGCGUGCGGGGGGAGGCGGAGGCGUCGCCCAUCCUGGAGUUCAUGGAGCGACGCGUGAACCGCGAACACACGUUGCGGCGCCUGCUGGCGCGUCUCGAGUCGCUCAACGCCAUCGUCGGCGGGCAACUGCUGGGCGGCGGCGCAGCGGGCGGCAUAGAGGGCGCGGUGGGGGAUUACUUCUUCGGAGACGACUUCGACGCGCUCGUGGAGCGGAUUUCCGCCGACGACGCCGUCAGCACGCGCAACCCGCCCGCCUGCCCGGCGGCCGUCGAGGCCAUGCUUGUGCGCGUAGUGACCGCUGCUGACGUGGCGCAGCGCGAGGCGGCGGGCGAGGGCGAGCACGGGGAGGGCGGCGGGCUGAUGGACCCGUGCGCCAUCUGCAAGGACGACUACGAUGCGGGUGCCGUCACGCGGCAAAUGCCGUGCCGCCACGUGUACCACUCCGAUUGCAUCCUGCCGUGGCUGCAGCGCCACAACACGUGCCCCGUCUGCCGCUUCGAACUGCCCACCGCGGACGCGCAGGACGCGCAGCAACAGGGGCAGGGGCGGGGGGCGGAAGGAGCAGGGGGAACCGGCGCGGGCGGGGGAGCGGAAGCUGGUGGCGGCGGGAACAGCAUCGGCGCCCUGACCACCCUGGUCACCCUGGGCGCCUCCAGCAGCGCGCGCAGCUCGCUUCCGCGCGAGGCGGGGCGCGCGGGGAGAGGGGGGGAGUGGGAAGGGCGCACGCGGUGGGGAUGGGGGAUAGGGGGGGAUGCGGGUGGCAGUGGCGCGGGUGGCGGGUGGGGAAGGGGCGGGUUAGGAGGUGCGGGGUGGGGGCUGAGGGGAGGGCGGGAGAGGGGCGUGCGGGAGGAGAGGGAAUGGGAAAGAGAAAUGCGACGAGAGGUGAUCCGGACCUGGGGGAGGGAGGGGGAGAGGGGAAGUGAGAGGGAGAGUGAGAGGGAGAGUAUGAGGGAGAGUGAGAGGGAGAGCGAGAGGGAGAGUGUGAGGGGGAGCGAGCGGGAGAGUGAGACAGAGAGGGAGCAGGGGAUGAACAUGCAGUGGUGGGGGGGCCAGGGCUGGCCGAGGGGCGGCCGUCUGGUCUCCCCCUCCGCCCUGCGCCACCACCGCCACGCCUCCCCCGCGCGCCCCGCCUCCCCUGCUCUCGCCGCGCCAGAGCCCCCCGCUUCGUUAGCAGCAGCGUCUACUGGCGGCGUGGCGCAGCGCGCGCAGCAGCAGGGCCGGGAGGGGCAGCGAGUGAGUCCGCGCGCGGGCAGGCAAGCGGGGCGCGGGCUGUGGGGUGGCGCGGGGCAGAGGCAGGCAUGGGCGGCCGUCACAGGGGGGGCGGAGAGGCGAGGCGGCAGCAGAGGAGGCGGGGAGAGCAGCGUGAGCGAGUGGGGAAGGCCGUGGGAGGAGCAGCAGCAGAGCGGCGAGCAGGGCAGUGCGUGGUGGCGACAGGCAGUAGCGGAGGGCGCAGGCCACAGGUGGGCGGGCGGACGGGCUGGGGGCAGGGCGCAGGGGGGGCAGGGGGGCGAGGAGCAGAGGCAGGAGGAUGGGGUGUGGCAAGGAGUGCAGAAUGAGCAGAUGAGCGCGGGGGAGGGGGUGGCGGGGGGUGUGAGUGGGGAGGAGGGGGGUGAAAGGACGAGGGGGAGGUGGGUGAGCGAGGGAGGAGGCAGUGGUGGGUGGGAGUGGGAGGCGGGCGGAACGAGUGCGGGCGCGUGGGGCAUGGAAGGGGGGGAGGAGCAGCAUGAGGAACAGGCGGAGGAGGGGGAGGAGGAGGAGAUUGAAGGGGAUGACGUGGAGAGGGAGUGGCAGGUGGAUGAGCUGGAUGGGGGAGAGGGGCAGGAGGAGUGGGAGGAGGGCGAGGGAGAUGAGGAGCACGUCGAGGAGGAAGAGGAGGAGGAGGAAGAAGAAUGUGAAGAGUAUUAUGAUGAUGAGGAGGAGGACGAGGAGGGGGAGGAGGAGGAGGACGGGGAGGGGGAGGGGGAGGAGCAAGAGGAGCAGGACGAGGAGGAUGAGGAGGAAGGGGGGGAUGAGGAGGGGGAAGAAGAGGGCAAAGAGCAACUGUUUUUCGACAGCAGUGCAGACCAUGAGUGGAAAGUGCUCCAGAUGGAUCUGUUGGAUGACGAGUUUGCAUAA